UUUAUAUAUCUCUUCCUCAUUCCCUUUCUCUCUGGGUAGAUCCGGACACCAAUGAAGGUAGAAGAAUCCUAUUUGAAUAGCUCUACUUCAUGGUGAUUUUUACCCUUUGUUCUUACUUCUUUGAUCGAUUCAAGGAAGCAUUUGUUGGAUACUGAUUCUUUCAAGUUUACACCACAAGAAGAAACUACCCAUUCUGAGUAAUCUGAUAUUCAUCUUAGUUUUUUCUAUUAGUCAGCUCAGUGAAAUUAGCAAAACAUGGCAUCUGCAGAAGGUGUUUUUGGAGCCCAUUAUUCUUCUCUUCUGUCUCCAGUUCUUUCUGUUUGGGAGUGCAUUUUUUGUAAGUUGAGGUAUUGCUUGAUAUCUGAGUGGUUGUAGACGAAUCAUCUAUAGAAGUUCUACAUUAUUAUAUAUUAUAGGACAUAGUUAGUUACAUAUUAAGCAUACAUUAUUAUUAUACAUUUUAGACAAGAAAAAAGAUACAAAAUUGAGGUUAUAGAUGAUGGAUUGUGCUGGUAAUUUGCAACCUGGUGUUAGAAAAGGGGGGAAGAAGAAACAAGUGAAGGAUGAAAUGGAUAGAAUCAAACAGGCUGAGAAGAAAAAGAGACGGUUAGAGAAAGCAUUGGCAACUUCAGCAGCCAUAUGUUAUGAACUAGAAAUGAAGAAACAAAAGAAGAGAGAAGAACAGCAAAGGUUAGACGAAGAGGGUGCUGCGAUUGCAGAAGCUGUUGCUCUUCAUGUACUACUUGGUGAAGAAGAUUCUAAUGAAGAGAUGAAUAGGUGGAAUAUAUUGAACUUACAGGGGCAUUAUUUAGAACCACCAGCUUGCUAUGAACCGGAUUUUCGUGGAUCCAGAUGGAAUGAAUGGGGAAAGAAUUGUUGGUCUUUAUCUCCUCCUUAUGCUAAUGAUCCAGAAAUCUCUCUGGCUGUUGCUUCACUCCACCUUAGUGAAGAUGCUCAUGCUGACGUUUGUGUCUUUAAUAGAAUCUUACAUGGUUAGUUGAUGCUGUCACAACUGGGUUGUUCUUCUCCAUAUAACAGUCUUCUUCACUUCUUUUGGUUUUAUUUUCUUUCUCUCUUGUUUUGGGUUGCUUCUUGAUACGGGAAUGAUAAUGAAGAAGGUUUGUAUAUAGAUUACUACAAAUAUGAUUUUAUUUCCUUUUUUUUCUUAUCAAUAAUCAAAGAAAGAUUUAUGGAUUUUAA